GGGCCAGUUAAGGUGCCCGGAAUUUUACCCCCCGCCGUGAGUCUGUGAGCCGCACGGCGCACAGACAGACUUGUAUUGCACCAGAUCUCUCUGCAUUUUUUUUUUGGCAUCUUGUGUAGUCGAGGGAUCAAAAUGAUACGAGUUGCCGUUAGUCGUAGGUGCAGCCUGUGUACAAGUGGAAAAGUUUGUUCGGUAUUGAAGCACUCAGUUGGAGAUGUUUCCCCAGGGCUAGAAUUGUAUUAAUAUUUGAAUUAGCUUCCCUCUGGUCAUUUCAUCUUAUCUUAUCCAAUACAAACGUGAUCCCUUAGCUUCGGUUCCAUGGUUAUGGUCUUCUCAUUAAUGUGUUAUGCAUUCUCUCCUUCAAAAAUAGAACGAGUUAUGCAUUAAGAACAACUGAGAAAUGCUGGCUUGUACGGCACAUUUGGCUUGUACUUUUGAUGAAGGUCCUUUUUUUUUGUAAAACUGAUGUAUCUCUAUAAACUUGUCACUCUGCUAACUGCUAGUGUUGUUUCUUGGUGUCCAAUCAGAUAUUUGAAGUACUGAAGUCAUGGCUUGCUAACUAAAAACUGAUACAUGGCUGAGUUAAAGAGAAAUUAUGUUGUUAUUACUAUUAUAUUGCUCAUUUUCCUUAUGUUUGUCUACCAAAAAGCAUACCACUGAUAAAGUAGUAAGGUUUCUUUGCAGCUUACCCUUAAUUAGCCCCAUAAUCUUUUGACCGUCAAGGCUCAGUGUGCAUUUUCGGUUUUCAUUUUUGACCGUCACAACUCUUGAGUCUUCACCAAUGAUCUUUGGUGCCAAAGUUAUGUGCACCUUAUGUUCUCCAAUCCCUAAGAUGCUUUUGAAUUCCUCUCUUUCAAUUGUUGCACAUUAUUUUGUUCUUUUCAUGCACCAUUUUAUUGUUGAGAACAUUGAAAUAAUGCUUUUCGGUCAUAUAUUUAGGUUCAUUGAAUUUGGAAAUGAUGGUGGACCGGCAGCGAAGACCUUGAAGCCAAAGUUCAAUCUCUUCGUCAAGCUAGUGUCCAAGAAUACCGGAUUGGGGGUGCCGCAUAUUGAUAUAAAAACUGUCAUUGCGGCUACCAUGUUUCUUAAAGGCUUUGGUGGUCUUCUGUUCAUAUUCAGCAGCUCAUUUGGAGCAUUCCUCCUGCUCAUUUACUUGGCGUUUAUGACCCCUAUCGUGUAUGAUUUCUACAACUAUGAAAUGGAGUCAGAGCAGUUUGUCCAGCUUUUUUUCAAGUUCACACAGAACUUGGCGUUUAUCGGUGCCCUGCUUUUCUUCCUGGGGAUGAAGAACUCGAUUCCAAGAAGGCGCUCCAAGGGAAGGACAACAAAAACCAAGACAAACUGAUGUCAGUUAUUGUAGGAGGGGAAGCAAUUGAGCUCAUUAUGUUUGCAUACUAUACAGGAGUAGAUGUCCCACUUUUGUUCUUGGUGCGCCAAUUGAAUUGUGAAUCGGGACUUACAGGACUUAGCAUGUAGGAUAUUUAAGUUAUCUUGCACAAUUCUAUUUUCGUAUGCUGCGAUGAGUUAUGUCAUGUUCCAUUUUGCUACAAGAACUGCUUUGCCAGUGAAAAAUGGUAAGUUGCAUAGUCUCUUUUCUGUG